CCCGGCCCGGGGGCGAUGCCGACACAGCGGGACGGCACCGCCGGCAGCACCAUGUCGGCUCCGGGCGGCCUCGGCGGCAGCCUCGGCGGGGACAGCGCCCACCAGGUCCGGGUGAAAGCCUACUACAAGGGGGACAUCAUGAUAACCUAUUUUGAACCUUCCAUCUCGUUUGAGGGACUGUGCAGUGAAGUUCGGGACAUGUGCUCCUUCGACAACGAGCAGCUGUUCACCAUGAAGUGGAUUGAUGAGGAAGGAGAUCCAUGUACAGUUUCUUCUCAGCUGGAGUUAGAAGAGGCCUUUCGGUUGUAUGAACUAAACAAGGAUUCAGAGCUUCUGAUUCAUGUGUUUCCUUGUGUACCAGAGCGGCCUGGCAUGCCUUGUCCAGGAGAAGACAAAUCCAUUUAUCGCCGAGGCGCCCGCCGGUGGCGAAAGCUCUAUUGUGCAAAUGGUCACACUUUCCAAGCCAAACGAUUUAACAGGAGAGCUCACUGUGCCAUCUGCACUGACCGGAUAUGGGGCCUGGGGCGCCAGGGCUACAAGUGCAUCAACUGCAAACUCCUGGUUCACAAGAAGUGUCACAAGCUUGUCAGUAGUGAUUGUGGCCGUCACACACUACAGCCAGAGCCAAUAAUGCCUAUGGAUCCAUCAUCAGUGCAUUCAGAUAAUGUAGAAUCAGUGAUUCCGUACAAUCCCUCGAGUCAUGAGAGCUUGGACCAUGUUGGUGAAGAAAAAGAGGCAAUGAGCAUCAGGGAAAGUGGCAAAGCUUCCUCCAGCCUGGGCCUUCAGGAUUUUGACUUGCUCCGAGUCAUUGGAAGAGGCAGCUACGCCAAAGUGCUGCUGGUCCGACUGAAGAAAACCGAGCGCAUUUACGCCAUGAAAGUGGUGAAGAAAGAGCUUGUCAACGAUGAUGAGGAUAUUGAUUGGGUUCAGACAGAGAAACACGUCUUUGAACAGGCUUCAAACCAUCCCUUUCUGGUUGGACUGCACUCUUGCUUUCAGACAGAAAGCAGGUUAUUCUUUGUUAUAGAAUAUGUGAAUGGAGGAGACCUGAUGUUCCAUAUGCAGAGGCAGAGGAAGCUGCCAGAGGAGCAUGCCAGGUUUUAUUCUGCUGAAAUCAGUCUGGCAUUGAACUAUUUACAUGAACGAGGGAUAAUCUACAGGGAUUUAAAACUGGAUAAUGUGCUGCUAGAUUCUGAAGGGCAUAUCAAACUCACAGAUUAUGGCAUGUGCAAGGAGGGUCUGAGGCCUGGUGACACAACCAGCACAUUCUGCGGGACUCCAAACUAUAUUGCACCUGAAAUUCUUCGGGGAGAGGAUUAUGGCUUCAGCGUAGACUGGUGGGCUCUUGGCGUGCUCAUGUUUGAGAUGAUGGCGGGCCGGUCGCCGUUUGACAUCGUGGGGAGUUCUGACAAUCCUGAUCAGAACACAGAAGAUUAUCUCUUCCAAGUAAUUUUGGAAAAACAGAUCCGAAUUCCCCGAUCCCUCUCUGUUAAAGCAGCAGGUGUUCUAAAGAGUUUCCUUAACAAGGAUCCAAAGGAACGUUUGGGCUGCCAUCCUCAAACAGGGUUUGCAGAUAUCCAGGGACAUCCCUUCUUCCGCAAUGUGGAUUGGGAUCUGAUGGAGCAAAAACAAGUGGUGCCUCCAUUUAAGCCAAAUAUAUCUGGAGAGUUUGGUCUGGAUAACUUUGAUUCCCAGUUCACCAAUGAACCUGUGCAGCUCACUCCAGAUGAUGAUGAUAUUGUGAAGAAGAUUGACCAGUCUGAAUUUGAAGGCUUUGAAUACAUAAAUCCUCUUUUGAUGUCAGCUGAGGAAUGUGUCUGAAUUCUCCAUUUCUGGACUGUGCCAAUUGUUACUCUGUUUGUUUCUGCAUGGAUAAACAUCUCUCCAUUUGGAUGCA